AUGGCCGCCGCAUGGAAAGAAUUCAAGACUGCAAUGAAAGAAAAAAAGAAUAGCAAAAAGACAAGUAAUAUAAAAAAGUUCGACUGGAUUAAAGAUGAAAUUGUGGUGCAACAACUUUCAUCUGAAGUUUGUGGUAAAGCACAAAAGUAUUCGAGGAUGGGACCGAGGGUAUUUGUGCCCUUCCACUACGACGAGGUCACCUUUGACAAUAUCAAGGCAGCUUGCGAGAGAUUCUUCAAGUCCAAAUUAAAGGAUAAUACAUGCUGCGAUAUACUGGCAGGGGAGCAAGGGCCAUCAUGUCAAUCGCUAGAGCAAAUCCCCAAUCUGAAAGUAAUCCAUUUGAGGAUUAUUGAGAAAGCUGAAGUAGAUUCACAGACACAGUCACCACAGUUGGAAGUUUACUCGAAAGAAAAAUCUACAAGGCUACCUAUAAAAAGAAGACGUACCCAUCCAAUUUCCCUCCAACCACAACAAUCUGCACGAUCAACCUCUGUUAAGUCAAGUUGCACUUUCCCAAAAAGUUUGUCUGUGGUGGAUAUGUUGAAACUGGGCAAAGUGAUAAAAGAAAAACCAUCCACCAUUAUUGAACUGUCAAGUUUUUAUAUAAAUCAGAUGGAGUGGUCUCCUGAAUUUCGUUGUGUUGAGUUUGUUAUAAACCCAGUGGUAAUCGGUGUAGGGGGCUUUCGUGAAGCAUUCUCUGCAACAAGUCGUCGAGAUGACUUCAACACUUCCACUUGGGUAGUCAAGAAGUAUUUAGCAAAUGCGUUGGAGAAUAUUAAGGCGACAAAUCAGACUCCCGAGCAGCACACAAGGAAGGUGGUGCAAAUGCACCUACUUGCACGAAAUUUUGCCAAGCAACUCCAGCAAGAGGUGUCAGUACAAGCGAAAUAA